CCGCCGGGACGGAUCCCCCUCCCCCGCUUCUUCUACCGAAAUCGUCGCUUCCGACGCCUCAGAGCCGCGCGGCGCCGGUGACCUUCCUUCCCCGGGUCCUCCUACUGAGCCGACGACCCCCGCCGCAGCCCCGCCGUCGGAUGCGACGGCGACGGAGACGGCGUCAAUGGCGUCCUCCUCCGCCGCCGAGCCCGGCACCCGCCUUUCGGAUCGAGUGAGGAGGUCGUCCCUGGGGCUCAGAUUCAUGGUGCUCCUGAUGCACGUGCUCUUCGUCGGCGCCGUCUUCUUCCUCGAUCCGACUCUCGACUGGCGAAUCCAUGAGGAGCCGUGGUAUAUUGGGGUGUACGGAGUGCUUGUUCUGCUCACGCUAGUUCAGUACUUCUACACAGCUGGCUCAUCUCCAGGGUAUGUUGUUGAUGUAAUGAGAGCUGGUUCCUCAAUGCAUGCGACCUUCGUCAAUACUGCUGCUCUUUCAAAGCAGUCAAAUUCAAGAAAUGGAAACAUAAGUUCCCCGACCAGCCGUGCUCAACUACAGAAACUUAGCACAAUGACACCUUCAUCGUCAUGGGCGCAGAUGGUUAUGGAUCUAUAUCCUCCAGGGUCAAGCAGCAGGGAUUGGACUUGCACCUACUGCAGGGUUGUUCAGCCACCUCGUACAAGGCACUGCCAUGACUGCGAUAAAUGUGUCCUUCAAUUCGAUCAUCACUGCAUAUGGCUUGGAACAUGCAUUGGCAAAAAGAAUCAUUGCCGUUUUUGGUGGUACAUAUUUCAAGAAACAAUACUGUGUAUCUGGACUGCUGCUCUCUACAUCGAGUCAUUACGUUUAGAUGUGGACAAGGCCUGGUGGAAGGACUUUGUUGGUGUAAUAUUGCUGGCAGUGUUGAUAUUUAUCCUUAUAUUCCUACUGCUAUUGUUGGGGUUUCAUUCGUACAUUGCUCUAACAAAUCAAACAACCUAUGAAGUUGCCAGAAGGAAGCGCAUAUUCUACUUAAGGGGAGUACCUGAAAGAGUUCAUCCAUUCAGUAAAGGCAUAUGCAGAAAUCUCUACGACUUCUGCUGUUCCAGCCAGAAAGGAUAUAUUCUGGAAGCUUUGCCCCCAGCUGAGGAUCUGGAAGCUAGAGCUGCUCGUUACACAUGCCGAGAUGUCAUUUGCUGCCGUUGCUGCUGAUAGGCUGUGCCAUAGGAUUCUCUGCCCAUCUAGCCAGUUCCUCAGUUCUUUGUUCAACAGUUCGCUAAUGGAAGCAAAUUUUAGUGACCUGCAGCCGUUAGAUGCUCUCGGAGUUCAUUAUUUGUGCAUAGCCAUUUGUACAUUUUCACUCAGAAAAUGUGUGCCCUGAGAUCCAGUUGCUCAGAGUUCAUCUGUAAUUCUCUAUGCCCUUUCUUUCACAUAGGUUUUCAGGACAGAUAGAAUUGGACUGUACUUGUGUCGAGAUGUACAUUCGAGGUGUGGUUUGUAGUUUCAGAAUUUAGUCUACAAAUCCUGAGCAGUUCUUGUUUGUGUUA